UACCUUUUCAAACAUUUUUUCCUACAUUUUCCUUGAAAGUUUACAAUCUAUUUGAACCACUGAUUAUUGACUGAAGCAGUUCAAGAUAUGUACCUUACUUAAGAGUAUAACGGUGGUGCACAACCUGAGAAUCUACAAUCUUGCGAUUAUAUGCUCAAAUAUCUCUUGUGCUAUACCGCCCGAUUUAGUAAAGGGUGUCUGAUCUUUUGGUGUUGCUAAAUAAAACACGGUCUCCUAUUUUGACAGUGAUUUUCGUUAAACUGUGUCCUCACUAAAUUGCGAACGGAACUUUUUGACAGAGAUACUUGUCCACCAGGGGUCGUCGAAUUCUACAUUGGAAGCUGCGUCGAGUCGAGAGCUUGUUUCACUCAUUUCGCAGUGAACCCGAGAGUUAGCUACGUGAUUUAUUUCCUAAUGAAAUGACGUCUCUUAAUUUCAAUAACACCCGAAUCCCUCGGAAAGACGGAGAAGCCAUCUACCACACUACCCAUUUUGGUUAGCGGGCAGUUAAAAAGGAAAUGAAAUAACCAAGAGUCGGGCGUCAUUUCCCAGAAACGGGCAGUCUUUGUGCCGCAGAAAUGCAGCGAUGAGCGUGCGGCGCGAACCCCGUCGCAGAUGUGUCCCUUAAAUGUUCAAUACCGCCGUUUCUGAGAUACAUGCAGGACAGACUGGUGGAAGGCUUCGCUCUCGGUCCAGUCACGGAUUGAUCAAAUGUCUUUUUCACGAACGAGACUGCAGUAUAUCUUUUGGAUACGCAAAUGGCUUCUAGUUUGAGGGGUGCGCAUAACAAUCUCUAUAUUUUGGACAACAGCGAAGGGGACGGUGCUCGCGCGCUUGGCUCGCCGGAAUGGAUAGGUGUGGGUAUCACAGGAUGUUAUCGGAAAAACUGGAAAACACCUGGCUUGGAUGGAUUCUUCACUAAGUGUCUAAUAUCGCUAGGAAUGCUGUUCUUUCUUCUCCAGCCAGCGCUCGCGACCGAGGAUGACGGGAGCUACGAGUCGUCCGGGUUUUCGCCUCCUCCCCAGGACCCGGCGGCCUCGGCGGCCCCCGCCCGCCCCCCUGCCGGAGCGCUGCCGGAGGGGGAGCCCUUCCCCGCCCACCGCGCGGAGCCACCGGGGGCAGCGGAGAGCGCCAGGCGGCAGCCCGCCUUCUCCUCCAUACUGACUAUCCUGGCCAGCACUGCCAGAAGCCCUGAGACGUUAGUCCAGUCCCGCGUUUCCCCGGCGACGUCCGGCAGCGGCAACCAAACGAACCAAUGGCCUUCGGAGGACGCGGGGAGAGGAGAGGACCCUUCGUCUUCAGCACCGGACACUACCCUCACCCUCUCUUCCAGCACAGGUUUGACUCCCAGCAUGCAUCAGAGCCCAUUUCCACCCCUGGUCCAAAGGUCCAAACCCUCAGCACCAUUACUGUCUGCAUUCUUCGAUACUUCCUCAUCUCCAAGAGACUUUGCUUCCCAAAUAUUUUCACCAUCAUCAUCAUCAUCAUCAUCAUCAUUGCCGUCACAUUCGUCACCAGAAGCUCCACCGCCAUAUUCGUUGGUGGCAGCGACACCAUUCCACAAUCGUCUGAACUCAUCCAACUCCAUCCAAAGCUCAAAACGUACAGCUCCGCCAGUUUUCGCCAAAAACAAACACUUCCAAAAGAACACUCUUUCAUCACCCGUGGAGCCUCUGGUACAAUCACAUUUUUUUGGACCCUCUCAUUUUACAAAUAAAUUGGCAAGUGCUGUUUCACCCACAUCUGGAUUUGCCCAAGAUAUUGUUGUCAUUUCAAAACGUGCAACUCAAGGUUUUGAUUCCAGAUACAAGGCCUCCCAAGACUAUUUUAGCCCUUCCAAAGGCAACAAAGGAUACGCUUCAAUGGUGUGGUCAACAGCAAAGCAACAUAGUUAUUUAAAAUCUGAUGAAAUUGCUACUUCUAAUGUUACUGACAAUAUUAUUGCAACUACCCCUCCUGCUACUGCUAAUACUACACCUGCUACUACUAUUGCCAAUACUGCUACCCCUACUACUAUUGCUACUACUAGUCCUGCUACUACUACUAUUGAUAAUACUGCUACCCCUACUACUACAAGUACUGUUACUACUGCUAUUGCUAUUAAUACUACCACUGCUACUACUACUGCUAAUACUGCUCCUGCUAAUGUUAUGACGCCUGCUACUACUACCCCUACUACUACUGCUAAUAAAGCUACUGCUAGUACCGCCACUACUACUAUUGCUGAUACUGCUACCCCUGAUACUACUGCUGCCCCUGAUACUACUGAUGCUAAUACUAUUACUACCCCUGCUACUACUGCUACUACUACUCCUGCUACUACUGCUACUACUACUACUGCUGCUACUACUGCUACUGCUGCUAAUACUACUGCUACUACUGCUAAUACUACUACUACCCCUGCUACUACUGCUGCUACUACUACUGCUAAUGCUACUACUGCUACUACUGCUACUACUACUGCUGCUACUACUGCUACCCCUGCAAAUACUACUACUACCCCUGCUACUACUACUGCUAAUACUAUUACUACCCCUGCUACUCCUGCUACUACUGCUGCUACUACUACUACUACUACUACUUCUGCUAAUACUACUACUACUACUGCUACUGCUAAUACUACUACUACCCCUGUUACUACUGCUACUACUAGUCCUGCUACUACUACUAAUACUACUACUACCCCUGCUAAUACUGGUGCUACUGCUAUUACUGCUAAUACUACUACUACCCCUGCUACUACUGCUAUUGCUAGUCCUGCUACUACUACUACAAUUGAUAAUACUUCUACCCCUAAUACAAGUACUGCUACUACUACUAUUGAUAUUACUACUGCCACUUCUACUUCCGCUGCUAAUACUGCGCCUGCUAAUGUUAUGACUACACCUGCUACUACUACCACUGCUACUGCUAGUACUGCCACUACUACUAUUGCUAAUACUGCUACCCCUGAUACUGCUGCUGCUAAUACUAUUACUACCCCUGCUACUACUGCUGCUACUACUGCUACUACUACUGCUACUGCUGCUAAUACUACUACUACCCCUGCUACUACUACUACUGCUAAUAUGACUACUACCCCUGCUACUACUGCUACUACUAGUCCUGCUACUACUGCUGCUGCUAAUACUACUACUACUACCCCUGCUACUACUGCUGCUGCUAAUACUACUACCCCUGCUACUAAUACUACUACUACCCCUGCUACUAAUACUACUACUACCCCUGCUACUACUGCUAAUACUGCCACCCCUGCUUCUACUGGUACUACUACUACUAUUGCUAAUACUGCUACUGCUAAUCCUACUUCAUCUGCUGCUACUACUACAGCCCUUGACACUACUACUGCUACUACCACUGCUGAUACUACUACUACUACUCCUGCUACUACUGCUGCUAAUACUACUGCUUAUGGUACCCCUGCUACUACUCAGAUUCCCUUCCCAGCAUACCUUUUCACUUUAUCUAGAGAUUCGGCGUCGACGAGGCGGCUUUUCGCUGAGUCGCUGCCGGUACCUGAGAGCCCCGGCAGCGAGACCCUGAUCGUUAAACUGACCGCGAGCAGCGAUGCGUCCUCCUCCCCUUUGGCGUCUGCCAGUCAGGCGCGUUCGAGAGCAGUUCCAGGGAUAGUCCGGCACAGCACCAAAUCAGCGCAACUCAUAAACCCAACAUCAGGGGAUUCUUUGACUCAGGCUGCACACACUCGCGUUCUGGGAUAUCAGGAAGCACUGGCUGUGCUUGCCAGUUCUAUACGACCUACACAGUUGCCAACAAACGUGUCUGCCAAAUUACUACAAACAGCAAAUAAGGCAGCAACCGGGGACUCGGCCCUCAUUACACAAGCCUCUGAUGAGGCGUCCGGGUGCUCCUCUGCCAGGCCAAAGGAGCUGAAUGCCACCCUGUCCCGUGGUUACACGGGGGUUUCGAGUGGAGAGUAUGCCUCAGUAACAGCAAGCCAGCCAGCCAAUAGGGCGAGUGGGCGGGAAGCGGCGCCGUCUAUCGCUGUUCGCGCCCGCCUCGCUUCCGUCUUCCCGUCUGAGGGUUAUUACACCGCGGCCGCCAAUCGGGCGAUUACAUCACCGGCGACGCCGCCCGGGAGCGCGAAAGACGUGCGGCUGUCGAGAUAUCCGAGAAAUAUCGUCCGCUCGGUCGCCCCCGGGGACACGCCGCUGGCGCUUAGCUCGGCGGCUGACCCUCUCGGCGCGGCGACGGCGUCGUCUGCUAAAGAGACGCCUGCGGUCGCAUCGUCGGUUACCGCCGGCGGUGUGCGUGUGUCCUCUGUGUUAAACACUCCCUCUUCCCAAACGGGGUUACGUUCGCCAGGCGUGGCAUCGAAAGAACCGUACGCUAAAUCUGCGUAUGGGUUGCCGGAACAUUCCGGCACCGCUUCGACAGAGGCAGCUGUCUUAGGAAUGCCGAGCAGUGUUGUUACAGUUAUGCCAGCAACGGAGCCCAGGCCCGCUGUUGAGGAGUCAGUGUUUCAGCCGCGCCCAGAUGAGAGAGAGACCUCUCUGCCUAAUGUUCACAGUGUUCAUCCGUCAGCAGCGGCAGGGCUGGCCUCUUCCGAGACGAGCACUGGAGGUGGUAGUGAAACCGACGUAACCUCAGUAGCAGAUAUCAAAGCACAAGACAAUGUCUAUUCGGCCACACGGCGUCCGCCGGACAGAAGAGCAGGGUCCACACCAGGGAAUGAGAACGGACACCUCCCUGCGGACGCAAACCCAUACCGUUCCACCGUCGCCAGCGACGUUGGCGUCACCCCUCCUUCGCAAGUGCCGGUGUCUGUUUCCAGAGCAACAGAGCCGGCCGCAUUCACUCCUCUGUCUUCUGUGCAUCAGCAGCUCGGGCAUCUCGGCUUAAGAACACCGUCACCUGCUCUAGAACCCAAUUUUGCUUUGACCCUGCCGUCUACCUCAUCGUCCGUCCAGACGCAGACCAGCUGGCCAACAUCCAACCCCGUUGUGUCUUCCCAAACUAUGUCUCCCCCCUCAGCACCCUCUGGUGUGACAUCAUAUGCUUCCAUAUCACCUUUGCGUGUGAUGGCUGCCUCCAUACCUUCUGCUGUGACAUCAUCCACAACCUCCGUACCUUCUGCUGUGACAUCAUUCACGACCUCCAUACCUUCUGCUGUGAUAUCAUUCACGACCUCCAUACCUUCUGCUGUGACAUCAUUCACGACCUCCAUACCUUCUGCUGUGACAUCAUCCACAACCUCCAUAGCUUCUGCUGUGACAUCAUUCACAACCUCCAUACCUUCUGUUCUGACAUCACUCACUACCUCCAUACCUUCUGUUGUGACAUCAACAUCUGCUUCCUCGAUGUCGUCUGUUCCAACUGCAACCAGUUUUGAUUCUGUUGUCACAGAGGAAAUAAUGACAAACGACUCGUCAACAGACCCACCCUCUCUCCUGUCGGCGUCCAGAGAAGCAGGCGCUUACUCCACAAAGAAUGCCACUAGUUUACCCGCCACCCGCGUGGGAAACGCUACCGUACUCGUACAGGCUGACAACUCGUCCGCACCUGUGGUAUCCACAACCGUAACAAGUACUACUCAGGAGACUCUGACAAACGCCACCCUUCAGCUCACAACGGUAACCACGUCGACUGUGGCUUCGACGACGGAGGUUGCUAGGACCACCACCACAACCGCCGCCGCCACCACGACCGUGCGGCCGACCGCCGCCGCGCAGACGACGGUGACCGCGGCCGCGACGGAGGCGACGACCGCAGACAGAACCACCGCGGCCGCUCCCGGAACUUCGGCGAGCCCGCCGACCUCCGCCGCCAGCGCCUCCGCCCCGAGCCCCAGGGUCACUGCGCCCACGUCUGGCCUCCACGCCACCGAGGGCGCCCCUCUGCAGUGCAACAUCACCGAGAAGCUCUGGGUGAAAACAGUUCUGUCCGUGCCUGCGAGGAGGAGCCGGCUCGACGGAGACGCGCUGAAACUGAACCUCCCGAAGGGCCUCACGCGGGCGCUGCAGCGGGCCUUCAACGACAGCGACGUUCACGCCAAGGUGCAGAGCCUGACCAGCGACUCCAACGUGACCGUGGGCUACUACGUGGUGAGCAGCAGUGCCGUUUACGUGCCCUCUGCGGUAGUGGAGGCCCUCGGAGCCUACGGCGUGGACAAUCUCUCGGCCGACAUCCGACAGUUCGCGCCGACGGUUCAGUCCGUCUCUGUGGCAGUGGCCCCCUGGGUGUCCAGCCCUGCCGCCUCCCUGCAGCUCAAAACCGUCCUCAGGUUUGUGUCCCCGGGGGACGACGUUAAAACCUGCAGCUUCGUGCAGAGGAUGGAGAAGAGGCUGGAGGACGCCUUCGCUGAGGCCGAGGCCAAGGCCCUCAACUCCGACAGCGGGCUCUCCGUUCAGAUUCUGAGCUCUUUCAAGUCGCCGGGUUCCCCGUCGGUGUCCCUGACCUACGUGGUGCGUAACGGGAGUGCCGCCUUGAACGGCACCGUCUCCAGCAACCUCCUGAACCGACUCACCACCGAGCUGGUGGGCUACUUCCUCUUUUUCCCCCCUCUCGUCAUCGCUGAGCCCUUGGAAUACCACAACCUCAACACCUCGGCCGCGACCAGAGGGUACUGGGUGAUCACAGUGAUACAGGACGUGGAUAACUCCUCUCUGGAGGGGAGCUAUCAGAGCUUUGCCAGUUUAAUGGAGCAGCGUCUGGCUGAGCUCUUCAUGGUCGCCCACCAGGAGGGGCGACGGUUCAGGAGGGCCGCCACGGUCGGGAGCUACACCGUCCAGAUGGUCACCAUCAGACGUGUCCCCGGUCCCAAGAGCCCAGCCGAAAUGACCUACUACGUCCAGCUGAACGGCGUCCCCUUCUCUGGGACAUCCGCCGCCAAGACCCUCACCACGGUGGACUCCCAGACCAUGGCCCUCACCCUAGGAUAUUUCGUCCAGGUUCAAGCCGAACCGGUGGUGAAGGACCCGCCCAGCAACCUGUGGAUCAUCGCCGCCGUGCUGGUGCCCAUCGGCGUGGUGACGGUCGCCAUCAUCAUCAUCGCCGCCGUUCUGUGCAGGAGGAACAAGGGCGACUUCAAGACCGACGCCUUGGGGAACAUCAACUCCCGCGCCAAGACCGCGUAUCGGAGGGAGGCCAGUUAUUACCACCAGCCUGUGCAAGGGUUUGACUACGCCAAGCAGCACCUUGGCCAGCAGGGCGGCGACGAGGAGGCCCUCCCCGUCACCCAGGAGACGAUGAUACUGCCCCUCCCCAUCCGGGACGCCCCCCUGACGCAGGACAGGGGGAUAUACCAGGACGGGAGCACAUCCAAAAAGAUACUGUCCGGCGAGAUCCGCAAGAGCAGGUUGCCUAGCGAGGACGGCUCCGUCAUCAGCAACGAAUCAGGGAAGCUCAACUCCGGCAGGGGAUCGCUGGUGCAGAAGGUCCCGCCGCCGCUGAAGAUGACAAAGGAGGAGGCGCGCAAGAGGACCGACCCCUACGACACGUCGUCCGGCUCCCUGCAGCUCAUCUCCAUCAAGCCCAUGGCGGCCCCGCCCAGCUACUCGCACCCCGCAUCCUCCGACCGCAGCCAGGACUCCGCCAUCCUCAACGGAGAGGUGAGCAUGGCCCUGAAGCAGAAGUCCGACAUCGAGCACUACAGGAACAAGCUGCGGCUGAAAGCCAAGCGCAAGGGCUACUACGACUUCCCCGCCGUGGACGGCAGCGGCGGCGGCGGCGGCGGCGGCGGGGGCGGGGGCGGGGGCGGCGGCGGGGGCAAGUCCUACGCCCUGCGGCAGAUGCACGGGCACCACAGCGUCCAGCUGGACAUCGGCAGGACCCCGGAUCCCGAGGAGGAGCGCGCGUCCACCUACGUCAAGUCCAGGAGGAGACACUCGCAGAUGGGCGCCCCGGCGUAUCGGAGCCGGCAGUCGCUGAGCAGCCCGGGUCCGAACGCCACGGAGAUGGACCUGCUGGUGAUGAGGGAGCGGAGCCGGAGGGGCGUGCGGAACAGCGGCUACGACGCCUUUAGAUUCGCUCAGCUCCCUGAAAUGACCAUGGGAUCACCACCUCCGCCUAUACCCCCAAGAACAGGACCCCCUCUCGUGACCUCUCUGAGACGCUCCUCCUCUGACAUUGGGCCCAAGUCCAGGACCUCUGAGUGUUCUGUCCCUGAGAUGUCGAGCACGCUCGACAGCGACCCCUAUGGGCCGCUCAGCAGAGUGCCCCUCCCAGCCAUCACUGCUGAUCAGUCCCUGUCACACUACUCAGGAAACCCAAUCACGGCAGUGUACGCCAUACCAGCCAGCCGGGCCGGCUACACGGGCUACUUCGCCCCGACGCCGCCCUCCUCGUACCGCAGUCCGUCCUGGAUGUCUUACCCGCCCGAGCCGGAGGACCUCACCCAGCAGUGGACCGACCUCGUACCCCUGCCGGGGUACACAGAGGCUUUCCCACACCCUCGAUACCCCCAGAGCAGCCCGGUCAGGCUGGGGUCGUCUGCACGCGGUGUCCCGGACCCGCCCCCCACGCCCUUCACCGCGGCCUCUCGACAGAGCCCGACGGACCCCGCGGACGCCCCCGGCGCCUCCCUCGCCAGCAUCUCCACCGUCGUCCUGGUCAAAGCCAUCCGCGAGGAGGUGGCCAAGCUGGCCAAGAAGCAGACGGACAUGUUCGAGUUCCAGGUCUAGCGCCCCCGGGGACCCGGAGGCCGAAUGACAUGUAUUUCUAACAUACUCUUGAGUCGAGGCCAGGACUCCAAGUGGGACAAAAGCCACAAACUUUUUUUUUUUUUUUUGAAGUUCUUCACUGAAAAUUUAUCUGUCCUCUUUUUGUCGUUCUUGGAAAAAGAUGACUGGGUGGGGGUUUCUUUACACUUUUACUUAUUUUAAGAGAGGCAGAUGUUCAUCACAAGCGAUCUUGGUUUCUGAGUGUGUUUUGUUGUCGUCCUGUAACACUGUAGAUUUCUUGUUGAGAAGCUCAAUCUGACAAACUGUGUUUCUUUUGAUUUUGCCGGUUAAUCAAGGCAAGAGUCCUGUAAAGGCAAAAGCAUAAACAAAAUCUGAAUAAGAAUACACAGGAAAAUUCUAUGGGAAAGAUACAUUACCUGUGCUUUUUUAACCUGAGCAUAUUCAUUUAGAAACACCCUGGCAUUUUGAAUUUUGCCGAGUGGUUGUUAAAAACAAAACAAAAAAAACAGAAAAA